AUGAUCGCCAUUAUCUGUACGGUUCUGUGCAAUGCGUUCGGAAUAAUUGAUGAUAAACGGGCCGAGCCAAUCGGAAGUGGACUGUUCGUUGGAUUGGCUAAACAUAACCAUUCGUGUGCUUCCACGUCACAUGUUGUGUUCGAGAAAAAUCAAGUUUUACUCCGUGGACGAGACGCGGAUUAUUCCAAGAAUACAACAAUCUCGUAUGUAUCCCGAAUGCUUCCAACUUCCGAACGACAAAAAUCUAUCAGAAAUGUCCAUUUCAUCACGUGUCGAUGUGAAAUGUGUAGAAAUGAUGAUCUCGAUUUCAUUGGUUUAGCUUCCCGUUGUCAGACUAUCAAUUGUUCGGGAAAUGUUAAAGGAUCCAAUCCUUGCGGAGUUUGCAAGAGACCAGCUGUAAUUCCUAUUGAGGAAAGUGCCUCAUCAACAUCAAAACUUAUAGAUAUUCUUGAUAACCUUCACAAAUCGAAUGAGUUCGACUCCACCACUCAAUACGAUUAUCUCCAGAAUCUUCGGAAAGAAUACAUUCGGAUUCUGGCAGAUUGCAACGUGGCAAUUCUUCAACUAGAUGAACAAAUCGCAUAUUGUGCAAGCGAUUUGAAGAAGAUUCCAGACAAUUUGUCUGAGGUGGCUGUCAGAGGAUGCCAACAUUUUAUCAACCGUCUUGGAAUCGGCUCUCCAGAAGUGACACGUCGUCUUUAUAUUGCCUGCAAAUGUCUCUCUCGUCUUCCUUCUUCUCCAUCUUCUGAAAUUCAUCAACUCGCCAUUCAGUCCAGUAUUCUGAGUCAUGGAGAGGACCAUUCAAUCACUAAAUAUUUGCAACGGAUGUAG